GGCACGAAAAGUAUGAGAAAGAGUCGGAGCCGAAGUGUGAACUUUUCUCCAAGGCUUUUGAGUGUGAGAGUCGCGCUGAUGACGUCACGGCCGGCGUCUCCGCCCUCUUAGUUGUGGCUUCAGGGCCGGCAACUUCUGAUGCGCGGCUUGGGUGCGACUGUGUAGGUGCUGAGGCCGUGCGGAUGCUGAGGCCGUGCGGUCGUGGCCUGGUGCUGAGCCUGGCCGUGGCGGCGGCGGCGGCGGUAACCGUGUGGCUGGCCGACUGGUGGGGUUCUCGCGCUGGCUUUCGCCUUUUCGUACCCGAGGAUCUGGCACGCUACCGCGGCGGCCCAGGGGAUCCGGGCCUCUACUUGGCAGUGCUCGGCCGUGUCUACGAUGUGUCCUCUGGCCGGAGGCACUACGAGCCUGGGGCACACUAUAGCGGCUUCGCAGGCCGAGAUGCAUCUAGAGCGUUUGUGACAGGAGACUACUCUGAAGCUGGCCUUGUGGAUGAUGUAUCUAGCUUGUCCUUCUCUGAGAUGCUGAUUCUUCACAAUUGGCUUUCCUUCUAUGAGAAGAAUUAUGUGUUUGUUGGAAGGGUGACUGGAAGGUUCUACAGAGAUAAUGGGCUGCCUACUGCAGAACUAACCAAGAUAGAAGCUAUGAUAACCAAAGGCUUGGAGGCAAAUAAACAGGAACAGAAAGACAAGCAGAAGUUCCCACCAUGCAAUGCUGAGUGGAGCAUCACUAAGGGCAGCCGGUUCUGGUGUUCCCAAAAAAGUGGAGGUGUGAACAGAGACUGGAUUGGUGUCCCCAGGAAACUGUAUAAGCCAGGGGCCAAGGAUCCUCACUGUGUGUGUGUGAGAACAACUGGCCCCCCUAGUGACCAGCGGGACAACCCUAGACACUCAAAUCGUGGGGACUUGGACGACCCCAACUUGGAGGAAUACAUAGGCUGUCCACCUCUGGCCACCACAUGCUCCCUCCCACUCUUAACAUGACAUCUUGUGUGCUGAUGACACAUGGAAAACCUUACCUAGAAUCUCUAGGAAGCCCCUGACAGUUGUGUUCUACAGUGACAUGAAACAGGAGAGUCGAGAAGGACUCAGCCUCACUCUGCCAAUGUGUAUCACCAUUGGCUCACCAUUCUGGAGACUGAAGCAGCCUGCCUGGGGUGGUCAACUGGUUUUGACCUUAAUUCCCCUCAGUCCCUCUGCCAUCUUCCUUUAGAGCCAUCAGACAUUGAGCACAGUACAAUCAACUCGGAAAAAACUGGACAAAAUCUCUGAGUUCCAACAGCAUCCUUCGCAUGAACUCCCACGUAGCCUGGAUCAGAGUGUGGACUCUGCCCAUGCCAGCUCUCUUGGUACUUGGAAGGGGACUGUAGCUCUCAGCAGAGAAAAAGGCACUUCCCAAGAAACUCUGCGUCUUAGCAGAAGCACGGUAACUUAGAUUCCUCACUGGCUUAAGCUUGUGAUCUCUUGACAUUUAUGACCAUUCUUCUAAAUAUCCCAAGGCAAACUUGAGUUUAUAGUGUAAAGCCCAGUGACUUGAUCAGAGCUGAACCAGUACAGUGAGAUAUGAUAAAAUGAGAUACCUUUUACUUAUACAGAUGGAACACAUGCAGAUCUUCCUUCUUCUCUUCUGGCCUCUGGCUCAAGUGUGCAUUAAAAAACUCACUUCUAGCCAGGCAUGGUGGCGCAUGCCUUUAAUCCUAGCACUGAGGAGGCAGAGGCAGGUGGAUCUCUGUGAGUUCAAGGUCAGCUUGGUCUACAUAGUGAAUUCCAGGCCAGUUGGGGCUAUAGGGAGACCCUGUCUCAAAAAGACCAAAAAGAAAAAAAAAACUCCUGACAUCAUAAAUAAAAACUUGUCCCUCCACUUUGUAAGUGUGUAACUGCCAUGCAUUAUGG